AAUCGUUAUUGGACACUCAGCUAAGAUGAGGUGCGAUCUGCAAGUGCAACUUUUGCUGUUACUGGGAAUUGGUGCUUGGAGGAUUGGAGCUCAUUCCCUGGGAGGAGGUGGAAUUGGAGCUGUUGGAGGAGUGGGAGCAAUAGGAGGAGUAGGAGCCAUCGGAGGAGUAGGAGCCAUUGGAGGAGUCCAGCAAGUUCCAGUCGUCCAACAAGUGCCCAUUGUCCAGCAGGUGCCCAUUGUGCAACAGGUGCCGGUCAUCCAACAACAACCUCAGGCUCUGGGACUCGCCGGAGGAGGUGGAUUCAUUGGCGGUGGAAUCGGAGGAGGAGCCGGAUUUGGCCACUACAAGGAAAGCUAUCGCGUGCGAGCAAGGGGAUUCGGUGGUGGAUACCGUGCCCGUUACGACAAGAAGUUCGGAGGAGGAUUUGCAGGAUUUGGAGCUGCUGCAGGAGCGGGAGCAGCGGGUGGCGGUCUACUGGGAUAAAUAUUAGCAAUUAAUGUAGAAAAUUUACCAAUUAAUAUAAAUGUCACUGUAA